UGGGACAGGAGAGAAGUGUAGGAGGGGGACAGUUGGAAAUGGCGUCAUGUUGACAGGAAGAGGAAGUGGUGAGCUGUUUGAACUACCUGGUAAACCAUCAGACAUGCCUGUUCCUGUCUCUACAUGAUCACAGCCUGAUCCAAAUGUAGACUUACCUGGUUUUACAAAAUCUCUCACCAAAAAUCUGGAGGAAAUACCUUCUACCUCGUACUGCCUGGCACCUAUUUGGCACCUAUUUGACUGUUUCGAGGGAACAGAAAAUGACACAAAACGGUGCCGGACCCGGCAGCAGUACCAUAAAAAAGGUAGAAGAACUUAAAAUUGUGAUUGUGGGAGAUGGAGGCUGUGGGAAAACAUCUCUUCUGAUGGUUUAUGCCAAAGGUGAUUUUCCAGAGAAAUAUGCUCCAUCUGUGUUUGAAAAGUAUGUCACAACCAUUUCUCUUGGAGGAAAAGAGAUUAAACUCAACCUGUAUGACACAGCCGGACAAGAAGACUAUGACAGACUGAGGCCGCUUUCAUACCAAGACGCUAAUCUGAUUUUUGUCUGCUUUGAUGUCACCAACCCCACCAGCUACGAAAACGUCCUGACCAAGUGGUACCCAGAGGUGAAGCACUUCUGUGGAGACAAACCGGUGGUCCUGAUUGGCUGCAAAACUGACCUCAGGAAGGAUAAAGAGUGUGCAAGGAAGCUGAAGGCCAUGAACCUGGCUCCCAUCACUUACAUACAGGGCGAGGACACCCGGCAGCAGCUGAACGCAGACCUCUACCUUGAGUGUUCAGCUAAAUAUCAGGAGAACGUGGAGGAUGUUUUCAGGGAGGCAACACAGAGAGCUCUGGCCUUCAACCGAAAACAGAGGAACCACAAGAGGAAGAAGAAAUGUGUUGUUCUGUGAAGAUAAAGACUUUCAGGAUCCCAGUCUCGCAGUCAAAUAUACGAGGAUCAGUUUUUAGACUCAAUGGAUUUGGACACCGAGAUGCCAAAUAUACUUUGUGCCCUACAUAAUUAUGAAGGAAAAUAAACCCUGAUGAUUCAACAGUGCAACACAAAUGACUACUGCUGCAACAGGAAGGGCAGUUUUGCAAGUUGCAAUGACAUUUUCUAACAUAGCAUACAACAAACUUCCUGUAAGCAUUUCAUACUUUUAAAGUGUUAUUUUUUUUCCUUCUGACAGUAUUUUUCACUGCAAUUGCACCAAGUUGUCUUUAACUAUUUAUUAAUGAAAAUUAAGCAGUUCUUGAUCUGACAUUAGUAGACAAAAUAAUCCUGGAUAAAAUAGUUGGCCAUCAAUGUAUAAUGGAUACUGUAGCUUUAAAGGUAGCACUGGUUAGCUAGCAGCGUAACGACAUAAAGCUACAGGAGGAUUUUUAACUUUUCCAACAGCGCCCACCAGAGGCAGAAAAUAAAUAAGCACUUUAAAUAGUGUUAACAGUUGCAACAUUUGAGUCAAUAUUUUAAUGUUAAAGUAAAUGCAGGUAUUCUCUGGGAGUUCGCAGGAAACAGUUGCAUAUUUGUGUUUAAUGAAGCAUGGGUUUUCUUUGUAUACAACAGGUUAAAGAAACUGGCGCCUGCCCCUGUUACUGACCACCGUCCUGGCACCUGAUGCAGUUUUGAAAUGAACAGCAACAUUAUGAAAUAAAGACAUUAUUUGUGCAUUAUGGCAGCUUUAACAUAAAUAUGUAACCACUUCAAUUUCCCCCUCAAUAAAGGAGACUCAUAAAUGCA